UUUGCAUUCCCUCCUCCCCCAGUGCAAAGCUCUUGUAUUUCUUCUAAUGCUGUGAGAAAUUGGGACACUGUUUUGGAGGACCAAGGGUUACGGCUUAUACUGCUGGAUUUAAUCUGUCAACUAUGACGCUGAAGCUGGUUCUGAGUGCUUUUAUCAUCACUGCUUUACUUCUCGAACUUGGGCAGUGCCAGAAAAAGGAAGACAGUAGCCCCAAGAAGCUAGCAGUGCAGAAGUCCAAGGGGAAGGCAAAAGGCCGAGUUAGUGCUGGGGGGGAACACAAGGCCUCCGCAUCCACGGCGGAAGCGAAGCCAGAGCCAGCCCAGGUGCAGACCUUCAUCACACAGGUCCUGGAGAAGGGCAAGUUCCAGAGAGUAGGGGACAUGCUAACGGUUCCAGCUGGACACGUCCUGGAGCUGAGAUGUAAGGGAAAGCCAGUGCAGUGGGGUGUCCCUCAGUACGUGGAGGAGGAGAACGAUGGCCGACUCAGGAUCACCCACCACGAGCGGCACGGGACCCUGAUGUUAGCCAACAGCACAGGGGCGGACACUGGGGAGUACACAUGUUAUCCUAUGUACUGCGAGGACAAGGACUGCAGAAAGGAAUAUGACAAAGCAGUCCGGGUCUUCAUCUUCUUUUCUGACCUCCGUGAGCUGUUUGUCCCCUCGGCCCACUACUACGAGGUCAUCCAGCUCCGCUCAAAUCGUGCCACUACACUCCCAUGUCAGGUGACAUCACCGCUGGCCCAGGUGACGUUACACCGUGAGUUUCCCCCAGAGGAGGUGAAGGUCGACGGUACGGAAAUCUCCUUCGAUGUGAAGAAGGGCUUCACCAUCUACCGGCCUCGGCCUCACCACGCAGGCUCCCUCUUCUGCAUCGCCAGCCUCAGAGGCUUGAGGCAAAGUUCCACCAAAUAUAUGCUCAUCUAUGUCAACUAUCCUGUUUCCCCUCCAUCUCCAGUAAUCAAAGCUUCGUCCACCUCUGUCCAUAUCGGAGAGAACCUACAGGUCUCCUGUUCCGUGGUGGGGGAAGCAGAUGUGGUGAUUGAUUUCACUUGGGAAUUUCCUGGGCAACAGAUCGGCAGGCCCCUCUACACAGAGGACGGCGUCCAUCCCAUGCGAUCUGGGGGUCAACUCCGCCAGCAGUCUGAGUCCGUGCUCCUGGUGGACGAGGUGAGGGACGUAGACCAGGGCAAGUACAGCUGCACUGCUCAGAACUUGGAGGGCUCCCGCACUGUCUCCACCAUGGUCAAGGUGCUUCCAGCCCGUGGUUCUGCCAAGCUAAAGAAGCUGUGAAGCUGUGAAGCUGUGAGCCCCAGCUGCUGGAACUUCGCAUUUUUCAUCUUUCCACGCAUUCAGUGCUUAGCCUGGACAUGGAGUUUAGACCUGGCUGUUUGCAUCUUUUUUCCUUUAUUUAAUGGAAUGCAUUCAUGUAGUUUAACUUUUUGUUGUUGUUGCUGUUGUUGCGGAUGAAGCUUUUGUGUAAAGCUUUUCUGUUGUGGAUGAUGAUUUUGUUCUCUUUGAAAACUGAAAUUCCAAAUGAAUCAAGUAUAUUGAUCACACACUAUUUCAUAGGAAAAUGUACAUUUCUAAGUAAAAGGUGGAAAGAGAUAAAAAAUAAUUAAUUAAUACAAUCGGUUGGACCUACUUUUCUCAGAGGAACAGUUUUAAUGAAUUUUGGGAUAUUUAAAUGUGCAGAUUGAGACAAAACUGAAAUACCAGCCUUGUCUAAUGAGAUCAAUAGAUGCCUGACUAUGCCUAUACAGUCAUCUGGACUACAUGACCACACAACAGGCCACUGACGUCGCCCCAACGGGGUCUGUAACACAAAGCAGGAUUUCUUGCUGAGUCGUACAUGUCAGAUUUAAGGUAGUCUGGGCUAAACAUACGUGAAUGAAGAUAAAGUCCAUUUCAACUGGGGGCCCUUAAAUCUGACAAGUUAUCCAGCUAAGCAAUAAAUCCUGCUUUAUGACGCAGGUCCAGGGUACUUAUCAAAUACUAUAUGUCAUGUUUUGACCUGGCCACAAGAGGGAGUAAGAGGACAGCUAAAAACUGGCCCCAGUCAGCCAGUGUAUGGGUUGAUUUUCUAACUACUAGUGAGUGACUGUACCUGUAUCUAGUUAGGUUGUCUAUUGAAGUUACUCUCUGCUCAGUCCAUUUUGGUCAAUCUUGGGCCUUGGGUAAUGGGUGUUGGUGUGGUUUUGCUAUUAGCCAGUGAUUCGUUUUUAUUUUUAUUUUUUUGAGUUCCACUUAUGGUUCCAGUUUACUCUUCCUUUCCUGGAAGUUGUUGCCCCUAGUCAUAAAUCCCUUGUGUAGACCACUUGGAGGACUAUAGUAAGUUGAAAGCUUAAUUUCAUCACUUGCUCUUUAUGCAUGUUUGAGCGUGGGCUAGUACUCUGCUACUCGACUCAGGGCAAACACAUGGAGAGACCUUUCUGGGGCCUUUGUGGCCAUUCCAGAGUAUGCAGCUGUACAAACAACAAAAUGCAAGUAGCUUCUGUUCCGUUUUUCUCUUGAGUUUUUGUAUCUGUAAUUUUUAUGUACCUUAGUGCUGUAUGCAAA